CAACUACUGCAGUCUAAUAAAAUUUAUUACCCAAAUUUUGAACUACAUUAAUUUAACCGUUUGCUAAAUGAUUGCCAAGUGAAAUACAUCAUAGUGUGCAUAUAACAUACGGUUACAUACCAACUCCGUCACACUCGAAGGAAUACAUAAUCACUGUGAUAUUUUCCAGCUGUAAUUAACACUGCGCUAUCAGCGUAUACUGUGCUAUAUGGCGUAUAAACAGGUACUGCGUGGUAACAUAUUCAGCCCGCGGCGAUAUGCGUUGUCUGCUCUUCAUGCUCCUCCGCUGUACACAGCAUCAGCACACCACAAUCUUCUGCUCGCACCGCCACUGCUGCAGCGCCGCGACGCUGCCGGUUAACGACACCAUGCUGGCCGCUCGUCCGACCUUCCGCACCCGACCCGUCUUACUGUUGGUGGUGGUGCUGUACAUGGGAGUAGCGACGUGGUUCAGCAUCGCCAGUCUGUCCACGUAUCGCCUACAGGAUAGCGUGGGCUUCUUCUCCGAUGGCUUCCCGUAUAAUGGGAAAUUUUUUGUGCAUUAUAUUCGUUUUAAACCGGAUAACGGGAAUACGACGUUGCGGUUUCUGGAUUUUGUCAGUAUGAUGUCGGCGUUCAAUAACCUUCGUCCGGAUAAGAUUAUCGUCCACGGUGAUGCGGAGCCCACUGGCAUGUAUUGGCAAGCAGCACUGCAAAGCGGCAUCGUUGAGUUUCGUUCCCGUAACAUAACGAAACAAGUUGGUCAUCGCUUCGGUAAAAUAAAAGAAGUGGCAUUCAGAGAACAUUCCGCCGACAUGGCUAAACUGGACGUUCUACUGGAAUACGGGGGCGUCGCGGUGGAUUUUGACGUCUUUUUCGUCCGUGGUGAGCGUAUCAAGGAGGUCCUGCAGCUGAAGCAGUCCAUCACGUGCUACGGCGACGAAGACGGCUACAACAUCGGCUUCGUCGCCGGCCGGAAGUCGGCGCCGCUUCUCACUGCAUGGCGACGCAGCUACGAAGAUAUCUACCAGAACGACUGGAAUUUUAAUCAAGCCAAGGUUUGCCGGUAUUUAAGUAUCCUAUACCGGGAUUCCAAUUAUGUUGCCGGCGCCGUCUGCAACAACCCACACUCGCACGGGCUGCACGCGUUUUUCAAAGAGAUCGGGAAGAUGAACUGGACCAAUUCAAUGGCUAUCCACACGUAUCACCGGCACAGCGGGGUGGUGAUGGAACGCCCGGAAGAUCUGUACACCGGGAACUUUACUAACACUACAAAUGCGGAGAUGCUACAGUUUCUGUUCGAAGGGAAAUAUCUGCCGCCAGCGGACCCGGCGUUCCGCGAUGAGAUGGACCCGUUAACUGGAUUGAAGAUGGGUGAGACAACCACCACGGCGCUCCCGACGACCCAAAAGACGGAAGCAACAACGGCUGCAAUAAAACACAGUGAUGCGGCGAGCGUUGUUACGACGAAGGUGCCGGUAACGCAGAACAACGUAACUUCCGUGGCUACUGCGACGGUGAGUGCGUCGGUCCAAACGGUGAUGACAUCUGCGACUACAGCGAGCGUUACUGGAACCGUUGCCACGACGAAAUUACCGGCAAUGCAGAACGCUUCCUCGAUGUCCACUGCGAUGGAUAGUACACCGCUUAAGACAGAGGCGGUAUCUGCGACAACACAAGCCGUUAGUGCAACUAGCGUUAUUGCGACCCAAAUGCCGGUAACGCACGCCGUUUCUUCGGUAACCGCUACCACCAAUACGACAUCAGUAACGCAGACUGCUUCGUCGACAACGGUGUCAACCGUUGCGACGACAACAAACCCAGUUACAGCGGCGACGACGCCGAGUUUGCCUGUUACCCCGGGAAAUGCGUCAGUGACGACAGCGACUUUAAAGUCUUCGAGUUAACUGUGUUACGCUUGUUUUGCUGGAAACAGCACAACUAAUGUGCGGCUGAUCUCCGUUGUGAUUACAAUGUAGCAUACCUUGUGUUAACUUGCUAUACUUCUGUGUGUACUAGGUGCCAAGUAAUUUCUUGGUAAUAUGUUAUUUACUUUCCUUUGGAGUGAAUGAAAAUUUUGCUUGUAAUUUUCUGCUACCCGGCUUGGCCUUGUACUGCUUUUCCUAUCAUUUGUCCGCGAAUGUUUUUUUUUCUUUUUUGUUUUCACUAUCAUUACAUUGUUAGAGUGGCGUGUUUGGCUCGGUAAAGGACCAAUACAGCGUGCUGGUCAAUGAUCGGCAGCGGUGCGUCUCGCAAGUGCAGAAGUGAAAGCAGCGAUAUGGGACAAUAAACGGAAGA